UGUUUACAAGGCUACGGCGAAAAUCCGAAUUACGGCUACACGAGUUUCGACACCUUCGGCUGGGCGCUGCUCUCCGCCUUUCGUCUCAUGACUCAGGAUUACUGGGAGAAUCUCUAUCAGCUGGUGCUUAGAUCGGCCGGACCGUGGCACAUGCUCUUUUUCAUCGUCAUCAUCUUCCUCGGAUCCUUCUAUCUCGUGAACUUGAUCCUCGCUAUUGUCGCGAUGUCGUACGACGAGUUGCAGAAGAAGGCGGAGGAGGAGGAAGCCGCCGAGGAGGAAGCCAUAAGAGAAGCCGAGGAGGCCGCACAAGCGAGGGAGAACAAGAUCGCGGCGCGAGAAGCUGCCGCGCGAGAAGCGGCCGCGGCGCGAGAAGCAGCCGCGACCGAGGCCGCGGAACAGAUCGUCAAGUCGCCGUCGGACUUCUCGUGCCACAGUUACGAACUUUUCGUCGGCCAGGAGAAGGGCAACGACGACAACAACAAGGAGAAGAUGAGCAUACGCUCGAUCGAGUCGGCGAGCGAUCCCAGGCACGUCAAGCAGAUCAACAACAACCACAGCGCCAGUAAAGUGCGAAAAGUCAGCGCCGUCCCUCGCGCCGCUAAUGGCCAGUUUACUUAUGCCUACCAGGAAAGCCUGCGGAAGGCGAGCCUGAGCCUACCCGGCUCACCGUUCAAUCUGCGCCGCAGCAGUCGUGGCAGCCAUCAGUUCACGAUACGCAAUGGCCGCGGCCGAUGCUUCGUACCGCCCGGCGGCGACCGGAAGCCCCUGGUCCUGUCGACGUAUCUGGACGCCCAGGAGCAUCUGCCUUACGCCGACGACUCGAACGCGGUCACGCCGAUGUCCGAGGAGAACGGCACGAUCGUGGUGCCGGUGUACUACGCGAAUCUCGGCUCGCGUCACUCGUCCUACACCUCGCACGCCUCGCGACUCUCCUACACGUCCCACGGCGACCUGGCGUUCCCCGGUAUACGCGGCAUUGACAGCAUCGGCAAGCAGAUCACCAAGCAGGAUCAGAUACUCAGGAAUCGCUACAACAAGCAGACCACCCCCGCCAACGGCCACGUCACGGACAACAAUCAGAAGUCCUAUCACUUUGAAACCGACCUGGAGGAUUCCAUGGGCAAGACCAAGCAACAAGACAAUCCGUUUAUCGAACCGUCUCAGCAGCACGCUGUGGUCGACAUGAAGGAUGUAAUGGUGCUAAACGACAUCAUUGAACAGGCCGCCGGUCGUCAGAGUCAGACGCCGGAGCAAGGAGUUUCGACCUAUUACUUUCCGACAGACGACGAUGAAGAGGAGCCUACGUUCAAGGACAAGUUAUUGGCCGGUUUAUUCCGGUGCAUCGACAUCUUUUGCGUCUGGGAUUGCUGUUGGGUCUGGCUGGAGUUUCAAAAGUGGGUGUCCUUGUUGGUGUUUGAUCCGUUCGUAGAACUUUUUAUCACACUUUGCAUCGUCGUUAACACGCUCUUCAUGGCGCUCGAUCAUCACGACAUGGACAAGGAAAUGGAGAGAGUGCUUAAAUCCGGCAAUUACUUCUUCACGGCGACAUUCGGCAUCGAAGCGACGCUGAAGCUAAUAGCGAUGAGCCCGAAGUAUUAUUUUCAAGAGGGUUGGAACAUCUUUGAUUUUAUCAUCGUCGCUCUCUCGCUUCUGGAACUAGGUCUGGAGGGCGUGCAGGGUUUGUCGGUGUUGCGAUCGUUCAGAUUGCUGAGAGUGUUCAAACUGGCGAAAUCGUGGCCUACGUUGAAUCUGCUCAUCUCCAUCAUGGGUAGAACGGUGGGCGCGUUGGGUAAUUUGACGUUUGUGUUGUGCAUCAUUAUCUUCAUCUUCGCCGUGAUGGGCAUGCAGCUCUUCGGCAAGAAUUACGUCGACCACGUCGACUACUUCCCGGACGGCGAUAUGCCCAGAUGGAACUUCACCGAUUUCAUGCACUCGUUCAUGAUCGUUUUCCGGGUGUUGUGCGGAGAGUGGAUCGAGUCCAUGUGGGAUUGCAUGCUCGUCGGCGACGUGUCUUGUAUACCUUUCUUCUUGGCCACCGUCGUCAUCGGUAACUUGGUCGUCCUGAAUCUCUUCUUAGCUCUGUUGCUCAGCAACUUCGGCUCGUCGAAUCUGUCAGCCCCGACCGCGGACAACGACACCAACAAAAUCGCGGAGGCGAUCGAUCGAAUAGCGCGUUUCAUUAAGUGGAUCAAGCGAAAUGUUCUUUACAUUGCUAAGUUGAUGCGAGCCAAAUUCACCAAUCAGAUAUCCGAUCAGGCGCCAGGUGAGGGACCGUCCAACAGUUGGAAAGAAGAUGGGAUUGAUCGCGAUGGGGACCUAGAUCUUGCAGAUGGUGAGUUAGACGCGUACAGAGACAAGAAGAGCGCCAAAGAGCUCAAUCAACUCGAGGUAGCCAUCGGUGACGGAAUGGAGUUCACCAUUCACGGAGAUCUGAAGAACAAACUGAAGAGGGGCAAGCUGUGCAUGAACAAUACGAAAGUUAUCGCGAACUCGAUAAAUCACCACGAUUUCAGACUGGACAACGAUUACAUCAAUCAGAACGAGGACGACACCAUCAGCAACAAGUCGUACGGCAGUCACAAAAAUCGAGCGUUCAAAGACGAGAGUCACAAAGGCAGCAUGGACUCGCUGAACGGCGAGGAGAAGAAAGACGCGAGCAAGGAAGAUUUAGAACAGGAAGAAGAUCUGGAAGACGAGGACGAGGAAGGUGAAGAGUUCGAUGGAGUGAUCAUACAAGCGGACGACGAUCCUAUUCAGCCCAAUUAUCCGGCCGAUUGCUGUCCGGAAAAUUGGUACAAGAAAUUUCCGUUUCUGGCCGGUGACGACAACGCUCCUUUCUGGCAGGGCUGGGCGAUUUUGCGUUUGAAGACGUUCCGGCUGAUCGAGAACAAAUAUUUCGAGACUGCCGUCAUCGUGAUGAUUCUUCUGAGCAGCUUGGCCUUGGCCUUGGAGGAUGUUCAUCUUCAACGUCGACCUAUCCUGAUGGAUGCGUUGUAUUACAUGGACAAAAUAUUCACUGUGAUCUUCUUCAUCGAAAUGUUGAUCAAAUGGCUUGCUCUAGGAUUUAGAAAGUAUUUCACAAACGCCUGGUGCUGGCUUGACUUUAUCAUCGUCAUGGUAUCGCUCAUUAACUUCAUAGCGUCUCUCUGUGGCGCUGGCGGGAUUCAAGCCUUCAAAACAAUGCGGACCCUAAGGGCCCUAAGGCCGCUCAGGGCGAUGUCUAGAAUGCAGGGAAUGCGGGUAGUUGUUAACGCUUUGGUCCAAGCCAUUCCAUCCAUCUUCAACGUGUUGCUGGUAUGCCUUAUUUUCUGGCUUAUAUUCGCCAUCAUGGGGGUGCAGCUGUUCGCUGGCAAAUAUUAUAAGUGUGUCGACGCAAACAAGACGACAAUCAGUCAUGAGAUAAUACCGGAUCGGAACGCGUGUUACGCGGAGAAUUUCACGUGGGAAAACUCGCCGAUGAAUUUCGAUCACGUCGGUAAAGCGUACCUAUGCCUAUUCCAAGUGGCAACUUUCAAAGGGUGGAUUCAAAUCAUGAACGACGCGAUCGACUCCAGGGAGAUCAACAAGCAGCCGAUUCGCGAAACGAACAUUUACAUGUAUCUUUACUUCGUGUUUUUCAUUAUAUUUGGAUCGUUUUUUACCCUCAACCUGUUUAUUGGUGUGAUCAUCGACAACUUUAACGAACAGAAGAAGAAAGCCGGUGGUUCCCUCGAGAUGUUCAUGACGGAGGAUCAGAAGAAAUAUUACAACGCCAUGAAAAAAAUGGGCAACAAGAAGCCUCUGAAAGCAAUUCCUCGACCGAGGUGGCGUCCGCAAGGGAUAGUGUUUGAAAUAGUGACGGACAAGAAGUUCGAUAUGAUAAUUAUGCUGUUUAUCGGGCUGAACAUGCUCACAAUGACAUUGGACCAUUAUCAACAGAGCGAAACGUUCAGCAAUGUUCUGGACUAUCUCAACAUGAUAUUCAUUGUGAUAUUCACCAGCGAGUGUCUCAUGAAGAUCUUCGCUCUGCGCUACCACUACUUCAAGGAGCCGUGGAACCUCUUUGAUUUUGUUGUUGUUAUAUUGUCAAUAUUAGGUAAUGUAACGUAAUGGUUACUUCAGUCGUAUGAUCCGAGCGAAACGAAAAAUCAAAUGUUGAACAAAGAUAACGGCCUGUUGGCUUCCUUUCUUUUCUCGCUACGUUUUCGAUCUAAUCUACGUAAUAAGCGGGAAUGACACACGUAAUACAUCCUUCGCCUUGUAACAUGUCUAUCUCUCUUUAGAGUAGUAUCACAUUUCUCACGGAAAGGGACAAAAUCGAAAUGGCAUGCCACGCUGUAAUGUUAUUCUCUCUCUCUCUCUCUCUCUCUCUCCCACUCUUCCGUGCUUAUCUACCAUAGUGCACGCAAAAACAAAAUCUCUUUUUCGAUCGAUCAAGUGAACAGGCCCAACGUUUCGCUCGUGUCUCAACGACUGAUAGAUGUCAUUACGUUACGUAGCCUUACAUUGAUGUGUCACCAAACCUCUCUCGCCCCUAACCAUAAAAAAAAAAAAAAAAAUCAUCGCUCCCUUACCCCAAUAUUUCGUCCUAUAAUCCUACCUAUGAGUUGUUGGUGUUCAGAAUCGAAUCGCUGAGUUUGGGCGUUGCAUUUUUUUUUUUUUUUAAAUAAAAUCUUGUAUCAAAAACUUGAAUGAGACAAAAUUUGGCGUAAUCGAAUUCACGAAGUUUUGAAAAAAAAAAAAGUUCUCUCAGAUUUCAAAUAGAACAAACAUAACGUCAUUGCUCCAGCCAUUCGACUUGCUAAUCAAUGUUGCAACAAUCAUUAAAUCCAAGCGUCCGGUAAGAUCGGGUCUGUAUAAAGUAGGUCUUAGGUCGAUUAGAGCCUCCAUUUACGAAUCAUAGUGUUUUUAUAACAAAGAGUUUGAGAUUUUUUUGAAUUUGUUUGUUCAAAAAUUUUCUUCCAUAAGGCACUGCAUAAAACUACGAGUAACAAGGCUAUACGAUAGAAAGCUUCUCUCUGAAUAAUUUUCGAUUAUCUGUGCUUUCAGUCGAAGUUUUUCAACUCUUUCUCUAGUGUCUUAGAACGCGCAUGAACUUUUUUUUCUUGAGGAUUUAUGAUGCACUUUCUGAAGCGAACGAAUCAGUGCCGAGUGAACUUUUUAUUAUAGUAUUUCGAGGGAUUUGUGUUUAUUUAUUUAUUUUUUUUCUAUCGGAGGAACGUGUAAUUUUUAUACAAUUCUUCUGCUAAUUAGUCUGCGAACGAUCUUUAGAGAUCGAGAUACUUGAAGUUUUCUUCUAAAUCGCACCCGUUAAUUCCCUAGUUUUACACAGCGAUUAGAUGAUCCCAACGCAUGAUCCCGAAUUUAAAUUAGAGUCCAACGAUCAUGCACGAGAACUUCACACGACCGGAUUUGUGUGUCAUUUGUGCACCUUGACGAUAUAUACCAUUUGCACCUUUGCUUUUUUUGUCUUUGAUGUUUGACAUCCGACCGAUGAGAGAGUCCUCGCUCACGUGAAUUUUGUUUUAAAUCCCGACAGGUCUGGUGCUCAGUGACAUUAUUGAGAAAUACUUCGUGUCGCCGACCUUGCUUCGUGUGGUGAGAGUGGCAAAGGUCGGUCGUGUGCUUCGACU